GCCUUUUGUCCCACCUACGAAACAGACCUUGCGGAAGUGGUUAGGAGCGAAUGUCAACAAGAAAGACGAAGAAAAGCUAAACACUUCCAACAAGCCACAUCGGUGACGAAGACGUAAUAAUGACAAGCUGAUGGAUUUAUCGACCAUAUUGUUUUAAUACAUUUUGUUUUAGUUUGUGUUUUAUGAGACAGUGACAGUCAUUAGUUUGUUAGAAUGGUUUCCGAAAGCCUUUGCGUCCUUGGUCUUUUGAUUUUAUCAGCUCAUUGUGAUCAUAUGCCCAAAAUACUACAAACCAGACAAGGAGAGAUUCACAACUCUGCCCAUCAUGCCCGGUCAUCCCACCCACUCAACUGCAGUUGGCUGAUAACCUCACCAGUUGGGGAGCGUGUCAUCAUAAGUUUUUCCCAGUUUAGCAUCAAGUGUGGGCGGGAGUGGGUGUCCGUAGCUCCUCUCACCGGCAGGCCCGUAAAACUCUGUGGUUCCCAGCCGCCUGCACCAUUUGAAGUGACAGGAGGAAACAUAACAGUGACGCACCACUUCUCCCCUCAUUUUUAUCCAAUGUCUGGGUUCUACCUUUAUUAUAUUAAAGACUCAGGUCCCUGUUUUCCAGGCGAGUUUGAAUGUUACAGUGAGCGUUGUCUCCCGGCAUCAUGGCGUUGUAAUGGGCGGGUUGAAUGCCUUGGGGAGGGGGAUGAACUUGGCUCUGACGAGGACGGAUGCGAUGAGAUCAGCCCUGAACCUCACAUAGACUAUCCUCUCUCUUCCCUCGAUACCACCACCACUACUAUGCCAAUCUUUUUAUCCAACACUGAUCUGCCAUCACCUAAAGAACCAGACUUUCCCUUGUUGUCCCAAGGAGGGCCAUGUGGGGGGUACUUGGAUGCAUUUUAUGGGUCAUUUACUCCCCCUGUACUAACGGGACGUCCCUUGGAGUGUGUGUGGACGGUUGACCCCCAGGAUUCACGACCGCUCAAACUAGAGCUUCAGCAGUUGGAACUUAGUCCUGGAGACAAGAUUAUAAUUACAGACCAUCCCCAUGGUGCUGGAAAAGUCAUUAAAACGAUCAACUAUGUGUCCAAUAACAAAGCAGUAGAGGUGGAAUCCCACACUGGCUUUCUUUCCCUGAUCUACCAUACGCUGCCUACGUCGGAAGGGCGGGGUUUUAAUGCAACCUAUAGGAUCACGGAUUACUGCUUCCCGUGGGAGGGGCUUUGUGGGGGAUCGAUGGGAGGCUGUUACACCCAGAAGCAGCGGUGUGAUGGGCAUUGGGACUGUCCUGAAACGGGCCUGGAUGAGGAGGGCUGUGGCGGCUGCCCGGCUGGGCACUUCCUUUGUGGGGUGGGCGGCAUGCAGAAAGCAGGCCACCAGCUGAGCCGGCCGGUCUGCUUCUCCAUCCAUGAACGCUGCAAUUACCAGCUCAACUGUGCAGAUGGAAGUGAUGAGAAGGAGUGUACCAUCUGUCAACAUGGGACAUUUCACUGUGACAGUGACAGGUGUGUGUUUGAGAGCUGGCGCUGUGACGGACAGGUGGACUGUAAGGACGGUACGGAUGAGCUAAACUGCACCGUGACUCUGCCCCGGAAGGUGAUAACUGCAGCUACAGUCGGAAGCUUAGUUUGCGGACUACUGCUGGUCAUUGCGAUGGGUUGUACAUGCAAACUGUAUUCGCUGCGCACUCGAGAGUACAGCUUAUUUGCACCAAUCACUCGGCAGGAAGCAGAACUCAUUCAGCAGCAGGCCCCGCCCUCUUAUGGUCAACUGAUUGCUCAGGGCAUCAUUCCACCAGUGGAAGACUUCCCUACUGAAAACCCCAAUGAGACUGUCUCACUGUCUCUGAGAGGAAUACUACAGCUUCUCAGGCAAGACAAUGCCGCCUCACCACGGCGAAGACGCAGGCCACGGUUUGUUCGCAGAGCAGUCCGUCGCCUGCGAAGGUGGGGCUUAAUUCCCCGUCCCGCCCCCAGGUCAACACAGACCACGGCUUCUGCCUCUCAACAGACGGAGGCUGCUUCAUCUGGCUCGGAGGCCAAUCAGUCAAGUCCUGGAGUCUCCUCAGUGGCAACAGAAACGACAACUCGGCCUUUGCCUCUAAAACUGUUUUUAUCCCAACAGACAGAAACGGCACAGGAGCAAGCCGAGGCUCCUCCUCUUUCCCCGCCUCCUCCUGUCCAGCCAGUUGCUACUCAUGAAACACAACUGACACCGCCUAUCACCGCCCCCCCGAGCAGCCCCUCUCUGGCAUCACUCUUCCACACGCUGGGGCGGAGCAUCUCUCGUUUUAGACCGUCCUCGUCCCCUACAUCUCAUCCUCUAUCUGUAUCCCCCUCUUUUUCCUCCUCUUCCUCAGAAGAUGAAGUGCUGCUGAUCCCUCUCUCUGAUGACACAACCUCUGAAGAUGAUGUGCCCAUGCUUUCAUGAGAUAUAUGCGUUAAUUCUUCUGAUUUCUGUUUUUUUAGUUUCAUUUUUUUCCCUCCACUCCGAUUUUCCCUCACUCAGCACGCGAGCGUCAUCGUGUUUGCUUCUUGUGCUGGCUUGGUGCCUUAUCUUGUAUUAUUUCAUCUUUCUCCUCACAUGAAAGAACAAGUAUUUAAUUACUUGGUCUGAAUAUUUGACAAGUGACGUGUUUUUUGUGUGUACAGUAAGAGCCACAAUUGUGAAAAUGUCCUCAGAACUUUAGUAAAACCAACAUGUGAGGAGAUUUUAGGUGGUCUUAAAGAUUACAAAAGGCUUACGUGAGGGUCAGGGGAUAAAAAUAUCUUUAGCCAGGUAUAAGAUGUACUCACUAAUGUAGUGAAACAAAUCAAACAAGUUUGUGUGUGUGCUGUGCACUUAUGAGUGUUAUGUAUAUUAGAAGAAAAAUUUGCACAAAAAAUCUUCCCCCAGCUGGAUUAGAAGAUGUUCCUCUGUUUAAAUCUUUGCCGAUUACAAAUCUCAAAACAUGUUAGCUUUGCUUUUUAUUUCUGCAGACUUCAUUUGAGAUGGCUGUGUAAUGUGCAUACAUUUGAUUUUACCUCAUACUGCUACAGGCCACAUAUUUUCUUGUGCGUGUUUCCGAGAAGUGCCUUUUAUUGAGCUUCCUUUAUAUCAUUAGACAGUAUGUGACUGCGUAUGUGCUUGCACGUAGGGCCAAACACACCAAUACACUUGCACAAAUGUUUACACGGAUGUAAAAUUCACCCUCGCUAUGUAAAUGGUAGUGCAUGGCAACUGUGGCAAUAAUUUAAUACUAAAGAACCGCGUGUGUGUGUGUGUGUGUGUGUGUGUGUGUGUGUGAGAGAGACUAAACUAGGUUUCACUCAUACUUCAUGUGUGUGUACCACCCAACUGAAUGACAUCACGAUAACUUGAAUGAGUCUUUUAAAAAUGAAAAAUAUAGAUUUAAUAUUUCAGGUUCCUUUGUAAAUGGAAGACCAGUCGUAGUGCCAUAUCUCAAGUCACCUGUUAUGAUCUCUCCUUUCACUCCUCCUGUUACCCUGUUGAUUGUAGUUUUACAUGUAUGUUUUAAACUCGCAUCUGCUUGAAUGGUGAUUGUAAUAGAAAGUGGUGAGUAGUUGUUAUCUUAGAUGAACUGGUGAUAGUAAGAUGAAUUUUACUGUAUAUAUUUGCUGAACCAGCUGGAAAUCCACAAAGAUUAAAAUGAUUUGCACUUUUAAGCUUUUCUUGUGUGAUUGUGAUGUCAGUUUGUGAUGUCAGUUUAAUUAUUCCUUGUAAAAUUUGCAGUUUCCUAAACUAGAUGGAUCUUAAAGU